UCCUAUAAAUAUUUGAUUCCCGAGUCCAAUCUCUACCUCAACAUCAUUCUCACAAAUCUCAUUUCUCUCCAACUUGUGACCCCUUUACGGUAAUAUAAUAUAGCUUUCGGACUUAUCUCUCUAGCUCCCCCCCCCUUCCCCUCCUCUCUGGUCGUUUAGGGAAGUGCCAAUUCUUACCGUUUGUGUCUAAGCGGAGAUAGAAUCUUAAGAGGGAUCUUAUAAAGGAUCUACCUUUCUUCUUACCCAUCUCUCUAUCUAUUAAUGUUUGGGACUCUCGCUUCCGGAGAUAUCGAAACCGCCAGAUUGAGGCGUAAUUUGGGGGUAACACGCAAUUUAGGGUUUUCCUGCGGUGGAUUCGAGGACCUGGGUAUGAGGUUGGAAGACGACAACAUGAAGCCACGAGAAGAAGAUGACGGAGAACACGUGGCUGAAGAAACGGCGUCGUUCGAGAUUCAGCAGCAGAUGCAGAAGCUUGUUGUUGGGUAUGCUCUCACUUCCAAGAAGAAGAAGAGUUUCUUGCAGCCCAAGCUUGAAUUAAUGGCUAGGAGAAAAGGCAUUUGCUUUGUCGCCAUCGAUUUGAACCGUCCACUUUCUGAACAAGGACCGUUUGAUGUCGUUUUGCAUAAGUUGCUGGGAAAAGAGUGGCAAGAGGUUAUUGAGGAUUACCAGCAGACACACCCGGAAGUGACUGUGCUUGAUCCUCCAAGUUCAAUCCAGCGUAUAUAUAAUCGACAGUCGAUGCUUCAGGGCAUGGCAGAUUUGAAGCUGUCUGAUUGCAGCGGCAGCAUGUUUGUUCCAAAGCAAAUGGUUGUCUUGAAAGAUUCAGCCUCUAGUGCCGAUAAAGUUGUGGAAGCUGGUCUUAAAUUUCCACUAGUUGCGAAGCCACUCUGGAUCGAUGGAACUGCAAAGUCACACCAGUUGUUCUUAGCUUACGACAGGCGCUCGCUUGCAGAACUUGAUCCUCCUUUAGUCCUGCAAGAGUUUGUUAAUCAUGGUGGAGUUAUGUUCAAGGUUUUUGUGGUUGGUGAUAUCAUAAAAGUUGUGAGACGGUUCUCUCUGCCAAAUAUAAGUAACUGCGACAAAGCCAAAGUUGAAGGCGCCUUCAAAUUCCCGAGGGUUUCAUCUUCUGCUGCUUCAGCGGAUAACGCAGACUUGGACCCUAGUGUUGCUGAGCUUCCUCCAAAGUCUUUCCUCGAGGCCCUUGUGAAAGAGCUACGAACCUUAUUGGGACUUCGGCUUUUCAACAUAGACAUGAUCAGAGAACAUGGGAGCAAGAACGUGUUUUAUGUUAUUGACGUCAAUUACUUUCCUGGUUAUGGAAAGAUGCCAGAUUACGAGCAAGUGUUUGUAGAUUUCUUCCAAAACCUGGCGCAAGCCAGACAUAAGAAGAGACAUUGUAAAUGAAGAAAGCUUGGAGGAGAGGUAGCAGACUGAUGUCGGUGGUGGUGAUAAGAAUAAUAUGACUAAUUAUGGAUUUGUAUAGAAUUAGCUCUCCCUUUUUGGAAGGCUCUAUCAGAUAACAAGUUUUUGAUUAGUGAUUCUGAAGUUUUUUUAAUAUAAUUUAUAGACAA